GGGCCGCUUCUCAUCUCCUGGCCUCGUCGUCGAGCCCCGUGCCAAGGAGGCGAAUGAGUCAGGCCAUGCCCGGCGCAGCGGCCUCGUUUCGCUGUUACACAACCCGCUGAAUGGGACGGGGAGUGCCAGGGAUUUUCCCCAGCCUCUGUUUUUGUGGGGCUCAGCCGCGGGUGAAGCGGAAGCGGGGCGUUUCCGUAGAGCGAGUGCCAAAAUAAAAGGUGGUGUUUUUUUUUCUGUGAGGGUCACGGUUCUUUGCCCUCCCCAGGUGAAAAUGCUGACGGUGGAGAAGAAGGUGAACGAGAUUCUCAACCGGCUGGAGAAGACCAAAGUGGAGCGCUUCCCAGACCUGGCUGCCGAGAAGGAAGCCCGCGACAGAGAGGAGAGGAACGAGAAGAAAGCCCAGAUCCAGGAGAUGAAGCGGAAGGAGAAGGAAGAGAUGAAGAAGAAGAAAGAGCUGGAAGAGCUGAGGAGCUACUCGUCGUUAAUGAAGGCUGAGAACAUGUCCUCCAACCAGGAUGGCAACGAUUCAGACGACUUCAUGUAAAUAAA